AUGCUUCGUGUCAAGAGCCUUUUAAUUAUGCUUACCUUUACUCAUGGCAUUUCAGGAGCUACAGAUACAGAGAACCGACCAAGUAUGAAAGUGGGUGUAACCAUUCUCUGCGACACGUCGUUUCUGACUUCGAGGAUGAAAGAGCCUGCUCCAAAGUCUUCCGUUUUAAGAUAUCUAAACGUGAUGUUGCACGCGGCGGAAGUAUAUUUCAGGGAACUUGAGUGCCCCAAGAUAGAACUCUACCUUGUCGAUGUGUACAAUACGACGCGAGAAGAAGAAGAGACAUUCGAGGUCACCAAUAAAGUAUAUAGUACCACCUUCAUGGAUGGUCCAUUCACCCUCGCUUUGUUUCAAGAGUGGGUUGAAAAAAGCGGAAAAUUCAACGAAAGCGAUAUCGUAAUCCUGCUCACGAGUUGCCUUCUUUAUGACUACUUUUGGUCCUCCAAACAAGGUCGUAUAGACGGCGGUAUUUCAUACAAGGAUGGAAUCUGCACUCAUCUCCGUGUUGGUGUCGUCGAAGACAAGGGUCGUUAUUUUGAUGGACUUAGAUCGCUAGUCAGCCAGAUCGCACAUCUUCUAGGCACACCCUGGGACGAGGGUCACGAAGCACCACAAUGUCUUGGCGAAGAUGGAUAUCUCGUGAGCCUUGACACUUCAGAGAAGCCUCUUCCCAUGCUUUCGAACUGCACAAAAGACUAUAUUUUCGACAAGUACCAAGACAACUUAGAUACCGAGCAAUGCUGGAUGGACACACCAACCCCGAUUAUAGAGAGAACGAAAGAGUUACCGGUAGACUAUUUUGGUCUAGAGGACUUCUGCAAGGCGAAUCGUCCUAUCUUUCCUUACGAUACAUAUUGCCCAGCUAAUCAUACGAAGUGGCAAUCUGCUCCGGUCUGCAAGCUUCCAUGUUGCAAGAACGAUACAACUUACAGAGGACCCUACCGUUCAUCACCCGAUGGCACGAAUUGCACAGGUGGAGAUGGCGAAAAGGUGUGCCUAUCUGCAAUAUGCGUCACGCUAUAAAUCGACCUGUUUCAAGUUAAAAAGAUAAUGGAACUCAUCACGAAUAAUAAAGGUGUCAAUGUGGUU